AUGCACACAAUUGGCAAUUCGAAACAAUAGUGUUCGUGUGCUUUCGGAUUUUUCUGAAAAAAUUUCGUUUUCACGUCUCGCUUAAGAAAAACUACAAUUUAUUACAUUUAACUUAAUGUAAAAUUACUAAGAUCUAUUGUAAAAUGUAAAUGCGACCAGAAACUAUCAAAAUACCUAAAAAUCUAAUGAAGUGAAAGUGUUUUAAUGCCGAAAAUUUCAAGUGAACAAUUCAAGGAAAACAUUUUUUCCCAAACGAUGCCGCAGUAGUUAUGUAGAGAUUUGUUAGUGUGUGUGAGAGCUUGUGUAUAUGUGUGUUAAGAAACAGGAGAAAUGAGAAACAACCAAAUAAUGAAGAACGUAAUAAUCAAGCAUUAUUAACCAGAAGAAGAACAACAAACACAAGCAAAUAAUAAAAAAAAUUAAAAAAAUACGAAGAAAAAAGUGUAAAGUGUGCUUGGAAUACAAUACAACAAAAGGAAUAUUUUUUAUUUCUAUUUGACAAUAUAGAAUUAAAUAAAAUAAUAUUUAAUAAAUAACUUAACUGUUUAAAAAAAAAACUACUGGAAAAACAUUUACUUAAAAACAAACAACAAAUUUUGUAUGUAAAACCGGUCAUUUACGAAAACAACAAGAUAACCAUUAAUUGAAAACAACAAAAUUAAGAAGAAAUUUGAGUGGUGGUCAACCGUAUUAAAAAAUUUUUUCAUAACGAGCACAAAUUAAAUUGAAUGACAAAAUGAGUUACAAUCAAAAACCACCUGGUUCGAGUGGCAGUGGCAUGGGCGCAGGAGGCCCACCCAAUGGUCCCAACAAUAUUCCACAGGUAGCAAAAACAUUUGCUGGCAUACAGCAGCAAAUGCAGAAUUUAGUACAUGGUCAAAAUGCCAUACCACAGACAGCACAGGCCGAUAUAAAUGCGUUUCUACAGCAACAAAGGAUACAGAACAUGUUGAAGCAACAACAGCAAUUCUUGCAGUUUCAACAUCAAAUGCAACAACAGCAGCAGCAACAGCAGCACCAACAGCAACAACAUCAACAUCAUAAUAUUGCGGGCGGCGGAGGUGUAGGCCCUGCUCCAGUGGCUGGUGUACCCGGUGUGACAGGUGUUGCUGGUCCGGGCGGUAGUGGUGCUGGUGGUAGUGGAGAACCAUUGGCCUUAACUCGUACAGCGGGAGCAGCAGAUCUAUUGAAUAAAACGUACCAACAGCAGGCCAAUGGUAAUCCGGCAGCAAAUCCCACAUUCAAUCAACUGCAACAAACUUUGCAGGCGUUACCCACAAACUUUGUACAGCAAUUGCAAGUAUUCCAAUACCAGAUGCAGGCCAAACAAAUGCAGCAGCAACAGCAUGCUGGCGGUCAGGGUCAACAUGGGCAACAGCAGCCGGUACAGGGUGUACCGCCUCCGCCCCCUACCACAACUGCAAUGACCCACCAGCAGCAGCAACAACAACAGCAACAGCAAAAGCAACAGAAUCAACAUCAACAACAGCAACAGCAGAAUGCCCUAUCACGUUACCUUACAGCAGCUGUGGCUCAAGCGGCAGUGGUGAGUGGCAACAAAAUGAGUUCUGCUACUCCCCCACCACCGCCGCCUUUGACAAAUCAAAUGAAGCCCCCAAAUCUGCCACCGAAUACCCAAAUAACUCCCGUGACAGCGGCAAAUGUUGGCGGCGGUGGCAAUUUAUCAGCCGGUCCACAUCCCAAAAUGUCUACCGGCAAUGCAAAUACAGGCUCGGGCUCUAAGCAUCCCGGCCCCCCACCAUCCAUAUCAUUAACGCCCUCGAAACCGGCGACAUCAGGGCCAAGUGUUGCACACCAGCAAAACAAAUUCACACCACCCACAAACAGUGGUGGCGCCAAAGGGGCUCACAUGGCUCAUUCGACUGGUCAUUCGCAAAAUUUACCAAAAUCAACACACGGUGCUACACAUACAGCUACUAGCAAUACCACGACUAGUCCCGCUAAGGCUGGUGGUACGAAUACUGAUGCAACGGUGGCAGCAUUGAAAUCACCUCAAUCUACACCAGUACAAUUGACAAAACAAAUGCCUCCAACGGCCACUACAGCUGCAAUGGGCAAUAAAACUUUGGCUAGUGCAACAACUGCAACAACAGGAGCUACUUCAACAAUGGUUUCACCACUUAAAUCCACAACAACAGCAACCACAAUACCAACAACUGCUCUAACACCUAGUGCUUUAAAUACAUUUACCACAAUUCCGGCAGUUGGGCCCAUCACCACCUCCACCAUCACCACACAAGCAGCCAAUGCUGCUGUCACAAAACCAACUGGUGCUGUUAAACCAGCUAUAGAUGAAAUGAGCGCCACAAAAUUACCCCCAAAAAGUUUCAAUGCUGAAAAAGAGCCUGUCAAAACACCUUUAAAUGACAUCAAUAAGCCAUCUAUAGAUUCUAGAGCAGCUUCUGCAACUGACAGCACUAAACAUGAAGCAGAAAAACCGAAUGAAAAGAAGUUAGAUGCUGCGGCCACAACUGCAGCAGUAAUUAACAAACCGGCUGUACCAGCAUUGGAGAUAAAAGAUGCCGUAGAGAAGGCCAGUAAUGAUUUAAAAUCAAAUUCAGCCAACACUACUACUUCUACCACUGUAGCGGCGGUUGCACCCAAACCCGUAGAAUUAAAAGUAACAGAAGAAAAACUAGAAACUUCUACCAAAUCAAAUAAAACGGAUGUCAAUGAAAACGAAAAGAAAUUAGCAGCAGAUAUUAAGAAAGCUGCAGAAAAGGCUAAAUCCCUUACUGUCGAAGAAAAGGCCAGUACGCCUGCUAUACCAACUGGAGUCCAAGAAAAUCCUAAAACAACGGAAGCACCUAAAACCGAUGACAAAAAGGUAACAGAUGAUUUAAAACAAAUAAAAAAUUCGCAGGAUGUCAAGAAAGUCGAGAAUAAAGAAAAACUACCAGAAAAGGAGAAAGAUAAGACAAUUAAAAUAACCAAAUCAUCAACUAAGCUUGAAGAAGUGGAAAGUGUUCCCUCAAAAGAUGUACAAAAAGCUGAUACAGAAACGGACAAGUCAAACACUGCCGUAGAAACAAAAAUACCCAAAACAGCCACAACACAAAUUAUUGCUGUCAAACCAACGGAAAAGGACGAUGCUAAUGUAAAGAAUUCCCUGGAAGUAAACAGUAAAAAUGAAAUAGCGGAAAAUGUGCCACCCAAAAUUCAAGAGAAGCAACCAAUUGCAGCUGUUUCAGUGGAAAAACAAUCUACAAAAGCGCUUACAGAUAGCAAACCAGCAGAAAAUAUUAAAGAUACAGCUCCCAAGGAGAAAGAAGAACCCAUAAAAUCGAUUAAAUCGAUAGAAAAGGCUGAAAACACAACUACUGUAAAAUCCACAGCCACACCACCACCACCAGCAGCAGAACCAAACAAAACAACUGCAAAGGAAUGUUUUACGGAUUCAUUAGAAAGUAUACAGGAAGAAACUACAACAGCAGCGGCGACACCUGCCAAAAAAGUGGGUCGCCUAGCCAAAGCAGUUAAAAGUAAAACCGCUGUUACGGCCCCAACUGUGGAGAGUAAAAUCCCAGAAUCACAGGAAGAUAAACCAGCAGCGACAAGUGCACGUGUCAAACGGAAACUCAAGAGUGAGAAUUCUGUUGCUUCUGAUUCAGCUCCAUCAACACCCAAGGAUGAUGAUUUGGACCGGAAAUCAAAACGCCACCGUCUUAAGACAAUACUCUACCAAAGUCCUCUGCCCGAAUUGGCAUACAUAACCAAACUGUCGGCCAGUGAGGCUUCCAACUCUCCCAAGCCCAUGUCGAAUGAGGAUCGUUUGAUUGUGUUUUAUAAAAACGAAUAUAUGGCGGUACGCAAUGCUGAGGGUACUUUCUAUCUGUGCCAAACAAUGCAAAAUGUUUAUCGCACCUCACCGCGCAUAAGCAUUCGUUGGCUGUCGGAAGAUGCUAAAGACAGCAGCGUGUUUAUACCCGAUUUCUAUGAUCACACAGAUAUCGAGUGUGUGCUUACAACCGUUGAGCUAAAACGUAUCGAUAAGGGUCACUUGCGAUUGCCAAAAGCCGAGAGAAGUCGCAUUGAAAGCAUACUCAAGAAGGCUAUUGAUGUGGAAAAGGGUUUGGUACCAAGACCAGAGCUAACCGAGGAAAAUCCCGAUGGUCUUGAUAUAUCCCUGUUCAAAGAUGAAUCUCAAAUUGAAAAGAAAUCCUCCUUAGGGGAGGGCAGCGAAAGUCAAACACCUUCAACGGCAGCUGGUAGAAAAUCUAGAAGAGGUAACACCGCUGCUGCCUCAGCCCGAAAAUCAAAUGCAGCUGCUGCUACGCCUUCGACGUCAGCUGGCAACAAACGUAAACGUGCGGCCAGUUCAGCUGCCUCACCAUCGUCAAGUUCUCGCAAAUCCCUGGCCAAAAAACGAAAAACAUUGAUUAAGCGCAAAAAGAAGGCGGACGACAGCGACGAUGAUGACGAUGAGGAAACUUCAGAUGAUUCGGAAUCAGAUGCUGAAUACAAACCCACACAAAAACGAGCAUCGCUUAAUACGAGUAGCGCAUCAAAAUCAGCGCCUCGUGCCCAAAGAUCACCUUUAGCUAAAGCUAGGGCUGCAUCGCCGAUAACACCAACCACAUCUAGAUCUAAAAAUGUACCUCAAAAAACCACACCUACACCGUCUACAUCAAAAGCUUCACGGGGCGAAAGAGCUGCCAAAAGGAAAUCACUAACAGAUGCAGGCUCAUCCGAAGAAGCUUCAACACCGGUCAAAAAGCCAACGAAAACCUCAAAUAACAAAAGUAAAGGUACUUUAAAAAAGCCCAAACAUUAACAAAACGCGUUUAAUUAAAACGUUUGUAGCAUCUGGUAAAAAAUACGAACGAGGCUACUCCUGUAAAAAAAGUCGUCCCUCAUUGAUAAUAGUAGUAGUUGUAGUGUAGAUGUAGUGGUGGUAGUUAAACUUCAGACAUCACAACAUCAACGUUAAAAUAAAAAAAAAACGCCCACAUCAUUCUUAAAAAUAAAACCCCGAAAUAAUUCUGUCUCUGCUACAAAAAUUGUCUUUUCCAAACCGUCGGAAUGGCGGUAAACUUGUAGUUUUGAUGAUGAUGGUGCUCUACCGAAAAACGCUCAUAACCGAAGUCGCAAAUAAAAUUAUACGAAAUGAGGUAUUCAUCAUCAAAGUACAUACGUGUAAUGCUGACAUUUAAAACAAAAAAGGUAAACUUUUUAUUUUCUAGAUAUUAAGUUUCAGCAUUAUUUUGAAUAAUUUCGUUUCAAUAGGUUUUCUUUUCUAUAUAUUCUUUAUACAUAUAUAAAGCGAAAUUUAUAUAAUUUUCUAUCUUUUUUUUUUUUUGUAAAACAACCCAAACAAACCAUUUCAAUUAAAGUGUUAAGUAAUUAUUUUUCAAUAAUAUACAACAAACACUUACUCUUAAGAACUAACAAUGCAUAAUAAGUAAUAUAAAUUUGUCUUUAUUUUCUAUUAUUUUUUGUUUAAAUACUUUUAUAUAUUUUUUUUUAUAAUAAUAACUGAAUUAAAAAAUACUGUGUAAUAUUUCUCAUAAUAUUUAAGUUAAGUUGAACAAAAGUUGUCGUCGCUCUUCUCCCCUAAAAUUAUUGAUACGUUUCGGAGCGUAUGUUUAUUAUAUAAAUAUGUUUUUUUAUUAUUAUGAUUAUUAAUUGGCAUAAUUUUUUACCAAUUUAUUAUACAAAAUCAAUACAUAUACAUAAAUACAUAUUAAUGUAUUAUUAAUAAUUUUCUAGUUUUAAGUUGAACAUUUUAUUUUCUUUUUCAUUUGUUGUGCAUUUAAUGUGCGAUGAUUUAUUCGUUUUGUAAAACAUCAUUAAUGUCUAAUUGAGAAUAUAGAUUUUUUUUAUUUAGAAUUUUUGUAUUGUUUCAUUGUCUGAUAAAUUUUUUUAGUAAUGUAUUAAUACAAAUGACCUUUACUGUUAAUAAUAAAAAAGAAGAAAUUUGCAAAUAAUUUUGUUUUGAAGUUGUUUAGAGAUAGAUAUAGAUUUUAUCCAGUUGCUUUAAGAAAUGUUUGUAAUAUUUAUAGAAAUAGAGAGAGAGUGAGAGAAAAGGGGAUUUUUGUUAUCUUUAUGAGUUAGUUAUUUUUUGUUUGCUUUACAAAAUUUUGUAUUUAAAAAAUAUUUGUUUAAAAAAAUUCAUUCCAUAACUUGUGUUGAAGUCUAUUCUCAAGUAAAUGUUUUUUGUUUUAGUAUUUUGGUAUCAGAAAAGUUUUAUAAAUUCUCUAACAUUUGUAAAAUAAUACAUAGUAGUGUCAUAUUUAGGGUAUGUUUUUGGUUUUCUUUCACUUGUGCGGUCUCAUCCCUGAUCGAAGGAAAAUAGAUUUUUAUUGAAGUUUUUUUUUUACAAAAUAGUGUGAAAGCUUUUGGGGGAAACAUAUUUUUGAAAAAAAAAGUUCCUUA